AAAACCGUAUAGCAUUCCUCAAUAUAUUUGUCUUCCCAAUUCCCCUGUUUCUCUCUGCAACUAUAAAAAUUUAUACUCUUCCCAAAAACUUGACAAACAACAAGAAAACUAAUUCCAGGCGAAGAAGAAGAAGAAGAAGAAGAAGAAGAAGAAGAAGAAUUGGUUACUAAAUUUGGCCAAUUGGGAUUCUACACACAAGCCAAAAAGGACUCUGUUUCUCUGUAUAAAUCUUUAGCAUCAUUGUUUCUCUGGGCUUUUUUCCAUAUAUCUCUUGUCUCCAUCCUCUUCCAACUCUGCAAACAAGUCAGAAACUUUUGGAAACUUGUGGAAAUUCCCAGGUUACAUAACUGGCACAAGAUUAAAUAUCACAUGGGUUCGGAGAAUUUGAGCUUGUUCGGUGAAAUUAAGGAUCAAUUUGAAGGGAUGGGCGGUGCCCAGAAAAUCUCUGUUUCUCAUCAUCAGGUCAUCAAUGGUGUUGAAGCCCAGAAAACAUCUGAUAGCUUCGUGGUGGACAUUGAGCGGUUUGCAUCACAUUUCGCCACUGAUAAGGAUAUCAACGCAAACUCCAGAAUUACAUUGCAGAGAAACCUUUCAAGAAAGGGAUCACAACAGCAGAGAGGAGGAGCAGCAGAAAAGAAGUCCAAUUUCACCACUAAUGGGGAUAGGGAAAAUGGCUCCUUGGCAAUUUCGCCUAGAGCUUCUUUACUGCAUGGAGGUAGCACGCCUGAAAAGCCAAUGGUGGUGAUGGUGGGCGCCACAGAUCAUCACGCACACAACCCUCAAGUUCAUAACCCCAUAACCAUCGUGACGGGGAGCCUUGCUGGCGGCGCCGCUGCCAUGGCUGAAGGCAAAGGAGUUACCAGCACCAUCAGCAGAAAAUUCAGUUUUCGACGAUCUUCUUCGGCCUUCUUUGACCCCAGAAAGAUUCUUCUCUUUUUUGCCACAUUGUAAGUGUCCCCGAAACCCAAUCAUUCAAUUCUUUUUGUAAAAAGAAUAACGGAUUAUCGAAUCAAAUAUUCAUAUAUACUAUUGAUCUAAGCAUGCCACAGAUCAGAUGACCACAUUUGAAGAUUCUAGCAUAUCUUGUGGCGAUUUUCCGAUAAAAAUAAUCAAAGGGAACCGAAAGUUAUGUAGCCGACCAUUUUUUGUGAACCGGAACCCUGUUCACCACUAAAAACAAAGUUUCUGUGGUUUCUCUCAACUAAUAUGAGCAACCAAAAAAAUCAGGGUCUUUUGGACCACUAGCCUAGGGAAGAAUGGACAUUGUCACUAUAAAAAUUGUUUGGAGAGAUGGAUUCAGCAACAGUUUCUGAUAUUACUGGGGCUCAAUGUUUGGAAACCUGUUUCCUAAUACAUACUUUUUUGAAAGAAAAAAAAAUUGCAGACUUUCCACUAAAAACAAAUCUCAACAAAAUGUUAAACUUGUACUCCUUCCAUUCCAAAAAAUAAUUCACAUUAAGGUUUAGAUUUUAAUGAGGUUUUAGUUCAAGUAGUUCUAGAAUCAUUGUCAUUUGCUUCAAUUCCCAAUGUUGUCAUGUUUUUGCAGGUCAAGCAUGGGAACAAUACUUUUGAUAUACUUUACACUAUCCAUGAACAAACUCAAUGGAGUUGAUGAUGGCCUCAAUUGAUGGUGAUGGCCCAGAAGCCAAGCUGCGCAACCACAUAACAAAAAAGCAGGGAAAAUAUUAACCAAACAUCAGCAUUUUAACACGGACUCGGCAGAAGUACAUAAGGGCAGUUACCAAGUUGACUGUAACUUCUCAAGAUCGUUCGUUUCUUGGUUCAGAAGCGCGGCACCCGAUGGGGCGGUAGAAAAGAGUGAAUACAGAGAAGCUAAUGUAGCAGUAACGGCAAAAAGCCAUCAACUUUUCACUUUUAAAAAGGGUUGUCCAUAACUUAAGUAUAUACAGGAUGAAGACAACAACAGAGUGCACUAUGACAAAAGGAUCAAGAAUCUGCAGUUUUUUUAACAAGUAGUGGAGGAGUUGGAAUGCAGAUUAUGUAAGAGAGCUUUAUGUAUUGCAUCUGUCUAUCACUAUCUAAAUGAAGAACCAAAAAAGUAAUCCUUUUUUAUAUGAAUGUAUACAUGUAUUUUGCUUUCAGUGGACAACUUUAGGCGCUCAACUUCGCACUUUGUUCACGAUGUUACAUAUUUUAAGCUUUAACGGCUCCUACCAGAGCAUCUACUUCGACAGGGACAAAAAGUGGAGGUUUAUCUCCUUUAAACUCAAGGUUGGAAGUAAGAAAGUGAUCACCUUGCCUAAGAUGCUUUUCAUCAUGGCCUAAAAUGAUUUCUUGUCUAAACUGGAACUGCUUAAGUGAUCUCCAAUAUUGGUCGACAAAAGAUAACAAGUUUCCACCAU